AUGCGCGUGACUCUUUCCUGUAGUCCACUCUGCGACCUAGUUGCUCUUUAUUGGAAGAUUUUGGUUUCACUGCUACUCAUCUUAUCCACUACCGCCACCAUCUCCUUGCCGCUUUAUUUACGUCACUGGUUCGCUUUAAGUUUUGUCUCUGGUCUAAGGCCGUCAGCCGGCACGGUACUUAAACUCUGGACGCGUGUCGAAGAGGCUUCUCCCCCACCGACGCCUGCCGCCGCCACGACGUUCGUCUCGAUCCGGUAG